CUAGCUGCAGCCGCCUCCGAGUCGCGCGCGGAGCGUGGAGCGGAGCUGAGUAGUCGCGGCUGCGGCCAGCUCGAAGCCGGGACUGUCCAGCGAGCGCAGCGCAGCGCGGCGGGAGCCGGCAGCCAACACAGCCCCGGAGCUGAAGUAGCGGUCGCGCCGCCGUCCACGGAGCCCUGCCGAGCCGGUCAUGGCGUUAUCGAUGCCACUGAACGGGCUGAAGGAGGAGGACAAAGAGCCCCUCAUCGAGCUCUUCGUCAAGGCUGGCAGUGAUGGGGAAAGCAUCGGAAACUGCCCCUUCUCCCAGAGGCUCUUCAUGAUUCUUUGGCUCAAAGGAGUUGUGUUUAGUGUCACUACCGUGGACUUGAAAAGGAAGCCUGCAGACCUGCAGAACUUGGCCCCUGGGACCCACCCACCAUUUAUAACUUUCAACAAUGAAGUGAAAACGGAUGUCAAUAAGAUUGAGGAAUUUCUUGAAGAAGUCUUAUGCCCUCCCAAGUACUUAAAGCUUUCACCAAAACACCCAGAGUCAAAUACUGCCGGAAUGGACAUCUUUGCCAAAUUCUCUGCUUAUAUCAAGAACUCAAGGCCAGAGGCUAACGAAGCCCUGGAGAGGGGUCUUUUGAAAACAUUGCAGAAACUGGAUGAAUAUUUGAAUUCUCCCUUACCUGAUGAAAUUGAUGAGAACAGUAUGGAGGACAUUAAAUUUUCUACACGUAAAUUUCUGGAUGGCAAUGAAAUGACACUGGCUGAUUGCAACCUGCUGCCCAAACUGCACAUCGUCAAGGUAGUGGCCAAAAAGUACCGCAACUUCGAUAUUCCAAAAGGAAUGACUGGCAUCUGGAGAUACUUAACUAAUGCUUACAGUAGGGAUGAGUUCACCAAUACCUGUCCCAGCGAUAAGGAGGUCGAAAUAGCAUACAGUGAUGUCGCCAAAAGACUUACCAAGUGAAACAGCACUUACAAGAGCGAUGUCAUCCAUCUUCCCCUAAGAAUUAUGCUUUUCCUAACAGACUGCUCCUCUUCUUAUGAAGUAGAAAUGUAUUUUGCAUGAACCUGCAGUUAUUCAAGAUUAGGAUCAAGGAUAGACAAGGUAUAGUAGCUGUCUUGAAAUGUACACUCCUAAGCAGUAUUAUUUUAAAACUCCUUUCCCCCGCUACCUCCCUGUCCGUAGUCUUCUCUCCUGCCGCUCGGGGACACUCCGUCAUAAGCCCUUCAUGUGCAAGACUCUCUAGAACCGUCACCGUCAUGUCCAUGCGCUGUGUGUAGAUGGCAGAACUUUUGAGGUACAAUGUUCAGUAGUAGCCAUGACAUCAGCCAGCCCCAGCCUGGUGCACAGUGCAUGGUACAAGGAAUAUUUAUGUAGUUUUUUCCCCCUAAUUUUGUAGUAUUUCAUAAGAGCAUAUGAAAAGAUUGCUACUGUAUCAGAAACUGUUUCAAUUUAGUCUAUUUUGCAUAUGUACUAAAGGAUAUCAGCAGAGAAGAGACCCUUCUACAGAAAGUUACUACAGAUUGUUAUUUUCUUUGUAGAUGAAUUUUAAAAUUUUGCCUAAAAUCUUUUGUCCUUGAUAUGAAUUAUAACAUCUGACAGUAUGUGGGAGCUAAGAGUUCAGAGGCAGGGAUGCUAUUCUCAAGCUCUCGGGCAUUUGAUCCUUACAGGAGAAUCCCAUGGGCAGCAGAUGCUCCCUCUGAAUGUGCCCUUGGUUGCGUAGCUUUUCCAGUGCCAUUCAUUUGGAACAUUAUUGCCUUCUUUGUUUUAAAAAGGCUCCUUUUUAAGCAGCAGUAGACCUUGCUGUUGUAAAUCUUUCGAGCAACACUACAUAAAUUGGUAGUUAAUUUAGUUAUGGAAGUAUGGUGACUAGCAAUGUAAAAAUUAAUUCUUACAGAAAUUAACCUAAGGAGUGUAGGAUGGGUUUGUUACAGUACCAAGUGAAUUUGUUUCUAAAGCAUAUUUAAUAUAGGUAAUCUGGAGAAUGCAUUACCAGUCUACAUUAAAAAUGAUCUAAUACUCCCUUUCUACUUCUGUUUGCUGUUAGACUUUGCACAGAGGAUAUUGUUCAUUGCUUUUGGAUUAAAUCGUAGCUGUUUUGUCUCGUCUCAGUCACUGUAUUCCUUGAGUUAAAUUUUUCUGCAACUACACUGAAGAAAAUUAUUCUUU